GGAGAGUUGGAGUUUUGAAGACAGUGAUGUUUAGGUGAGGAGAGGGACGCAGAGAAGCACUGAGUUGAGCUGAACUCUGAUGUGGGAGCAGGAGGUUGUGAAUUUCAGCUCAGGAGGAGGGGCAUUUCUCUGAAAGUGAAACCUACAUGACGUGGUGUUGAGCUACAGCCUGAUCCCCCUUGUUUACUAAACACGAAGUUCAGCUGCAGAACUGAUUACAACAGCAGAAAUCUCUAACGGAGAUGAGAUUAUUAUUAGAUUAUAAUUGUUCUAUGAAAAAUAAUAUUGAUUUAUAUGAAGGACUUCAUCACGUACAGAACCACCCCAACAAUAUUAUUUUAUAUCUGUAUAACAAUGCACACGGUCACAAAACAGCUCCACAGGAAUCCAGGAUCAGGUGGAAGCUCAAUAAAGAACCGAUGGAGACAAACAGUUCACAAAGACGUCAUGAGAAAAGCUCACGUAUAAUAACAAGAAGAGAUAAAAGAAAAUAUUUCAUAAACCAAGCGAGAGAUGGAAAAAGUGGAAAAGUGGCAAAAAACACUGAAAAUGAGCAAGAGGAAGAACCUCUCAGUGCUGACGUGGAGCUCGAGCCUCUCAGCGUGGACGAUUAUCAAACGCUUCUGGAGUUGUUAAAGAUUAACCUGCCUGAAGGAGCUUUAAAUCCAGAGGUCACUCAACGCUCAACACAUCCUGAUGUCAUCAAAGAUUCGAAAGCAAUUGUACAAGAUCUGAGAAACGCUAAAAUCACAGUAGUUGGGAAACCUCGUCUGUCUUGCGUGAAGGUUAAAAGGGCUCACGGACUGAAAGAGAAAGGCAAAAUUACAGACGUGGUAAAGAGUUUAUUUUUUACAAACUGUAACAAAGCCUCGGCGGAAACCUUAAAGAAACGGUGGGAAAAAAACGCUCCUGAAAGCGGCUGCAGGUUCAGGAUGAGAGACACGUUUAAUGAGACGCCGAUCUCCACUCCUGAAAAGUCGGUCAGUUCCAACCCCAGUAGAAAAGCGUGGUUUGGGAAUCCAGAAGACAACAAAAACAACGCCACAGACUGCUUCAGAUUCUUCCUCGAAAAGAUCGGGCUUGAUAUAGAACAUGCGGAGUACAAAACGGAAUAUCCGGUGGAAUCCGGGUUUAUCUCUGGAAGGUUGGACUUUUUAUUAGAUAUUUCAAAUCCAGCUGUAAGCAGUGAAGCGUCACGGAGCGAGAAAAUUAUAAUCGAAUGUAAAGGUACGAAAGGUGACAUGGUGGGAGACGUGUUCACGUUACCACAUCAUGAAGGUCAUGAAGUUGAACUCACCAAAUCCCAUGAGUAUUAUUAUCAAACUCAGGCCUAUCUGUACAUCCUGAAAAAGGUACUAAAUCCGGUUCCGGUGAGAGCUGUGAUGGUGGUGAAACUCACUGCUGAAGGAACAAAGCCAAAGUUCUACUGGGGCGAGGUGAGCAACAACACGGAGCACAUAGAGGAACUGAACAACUUCUGCCAAGAGGAGGCUCUGCCUCGAUUCCUGGCUGUUCUCAACCUCAUCUUUCAGAAAGUGAAGGAAAGAGGAGGAGCCGGAGAGACAGAAAGAGGAGGAGCCGGAGAGACAGAAAGAGGAGGGGCCGGAGAGACAGAAAGAGGAGGAGCCAGAGGGACAGAAAGAGGAGGAGCCGGAGAGACAGAAAGAGGAGGAGCCGGAGAGACAGAAAGAGGAGGAGCUGGAGAGACAGAAAGAGAGGAGAAGAUGGAAUGAGAUAAAGCCAGAGGGGUUAAAACAGAGGAAAAGAUGAAGAUAGAAAGAGACGGAGAGAUGGAAAUCAUCAGUUGAUCACGUAUAUAAUAUAAUUAUAUUAUAUAAUGAACAUAUUCAUAAUAUGAAUAUGUAAUCUAAUGAAUAUAUUCACUCCACACUAACAUCAGAAGUAUGCAGGUAGCUAACAGAUAGUUGUGUAAUGUGUGCAGUGUACUCCUGGAUGUUUAUUUAGUGUUUAAUAAAGAGUCAUUGUGUUAUUGUAGAGUCAUUAGUGAGCAGAAAUGUGGACACACCUUUAAAACAUCUGGGAUGAAACGUGAGGAACUAUUUGUGGUGCUGGAGUCUGGCAUCGUGACUUCAUGAGGAAUAUCUGCAGGGUGUUUAUAUACAGCGUGGGUCAGAAUGUGAUUAGGAGGUGAUGCGCAUGUUAUAUUGUCCUUAAAACAGUCUCGAUUCUGUGGAAUGUGGCAGGCGGCCUCCAGCCUUGGCCCAUAAAUCCCCAUCCUCCUAAACAAACACUCUCCACACUGACAUGCAGCACAAGUCACUUCACUACACCAACUACAUUGUGAUUGUACUCAAUGUAAUCGCACAAAUCAGCCGUUAUUACACCAUGAGCACUUGCGUACGCCAGUCAGGGCAUGUAACAGACCUGCAACCUUUCAGCACCUCAUGCAAGCCACGAAGACUGACCUCAUGUUCCAGAUUGCGUUAGUCUAUAGAGAUGACAUCGCGGUCUUUUCCUAGAUCUUUGAGAAACAUCUAGAGAGGCUGGAGCUUUUAUUCAAAGGUGUGUCCUCGAUUCCUGGCUGUUCUUAACCUCAUCGUUGAGAAACUAGACGUACACUUACAUGUUCAUGAUUAUUUGCAUAUGGAUUUCUUUUCCUUUUCACUCAUUGGAACCGAAUUUAAAUAUUUAAAUUUAAGUACAUUGUGUGGUUAUUAGAUGAAUAAUCAGAUGAUUAGAUGAAUAAUUAGGAUGAAUAAUGAUAGCUUCUCUGUACAUUUAGGAAUAAGGCUCAGCAGAACAUCUCCAUGAUCUUUUCCUUUCGUAUUGGUUUUAUUAUUAAAUGAUGCAUUGAUGAGAUUAAACCGCGGGGAGGGACAGACACCGAGUCUCUGACUGUGAGCAGGUUGAUGUUGGAAGCUCAGAGGGGUUUAAUUGAACAGAUGGAGAAUGAGUGUUUAUAAAAUGGUAUGUUUAUGAUUUUAUGGUGUAAAAAGUCAGACAUCUUGUGGAGAAUCUACAGAGCUUCAAUAAAACACCACUUUCUCCAAGUGCAGUGUGUUCAUGUGUCUUAUUACUGAAUCUGGGCUGGAUAUGAUGACAUGUUUUGAGUUUUUUGGGGCGGGGCUUUAAAUAAACACACAGACAGCAAUGAUAUACAGAGUGGAGGAAACCCCACGGUCACAGCUAACCAAUGAAACCCAGAAGGAUAACUCCAAGAAACUU